CUGGCGAGGGGCGGGAGGCAGGCUGUGCCGAAGGGACUGCGGGCGAGGAAGUGCAAUUGGCAAAUGUGCCGAAUUGGUCGGGGCGCUGCAAGAUGUGCCGUGGUGCAUCCCUUGCCCUGAGCAUGCCGAAGGGCGGGGAGCGUGGUGGCCGAAGGAGCGGGAGCCUCCUUCGCUCCUGAGUCGUCAGGCAAACGGGUGGCACAUUUUAAUUUGUCUCGUGGAAAUAAAGCUCUCCCAGACGACUGCCGGAUUAGAUUUACGGGGCCCACGUCCCCCCUGGAGUCACCCUACUGCCAUCGAUGGGCUUUCGCCGGGGCUGGGGUGGGCUAGUAAUAGCUUAUGUGUUACAAACCGAACAGGGAGGGAGGAAGGAGGAGAUUUCUAGCCUAGGUGAGACCAGUGGUCUGGCUCCAUCAGCCUCCUGCGUCGGAUCCAGGUUUCAGAGGAAGAUGCUCCUCUCUGUUGGUUCAUUCGAGCCGGGCACAGAUGAGAAGUGAUUUCAUCUGACUUGUCCUCGCCCGGGACCAACGGCACCAUGGAGAUGGAGUACGAGCUGCCCAACGUCACUGCCUUCUGGUUCUCCUCAGCCCCCCAGUUCGACAACUUCUCUGCCGAGACGUCAGCCAACACCUCCCAGAAUAUUACGGGCCAGCAUUUUGACCUGACCAGCAAUGCCAUCCUGACCUUUAUCUACUUUGGGGUGUGCAUCAUCGGGCUCUGUGGCAACACGCUGGUGAUCUACGUCAUCUUCCGCUAUGCCAAGAUGAAGACCAUCACCAACAUCUACAUCCUCAACCUGGCCAUCGCCGACGAGCUCUUCAUGCUGGGGCUGCCGUUCCUGGCCAUGCAGGUGGCUCUGGUCCACUGGCCCUUCGGCAGAGCCAUCUGCCGCGUCGUCAUGACGGUAGACGGGAUCAACCAGUUCACCAGCAUCUUCUGCCUGACAGUCAUGAGCAUCGACCGGUACCUGGCUGUGGUCCACCCCAUCAAAUCCGCCAAGUGGCGCAGGCCCCGAACCGCCAAGAUGAUCAGCGUGGCAGUGUGGGGGGUUUCCCUUCUGGUCAUUUUGCCCAUCAUGAUCUAUGCUGGGAUCCAAAGCAACUACGGAAGGAGUAGCUGCACCAUCAUCUGGCCAGGCAAGUCCAGCGCGUGGUACACUGGGUUCAUCAUCUACACCUUCAUUCUGGGCUUCCUGGGGCCUCUCGCCAUUAUCUGCCUUUGCUACUUGUUCAUCAUUAUCAAAGUCAAGUCCUCUGGGAUCCGCGUCGGCUCCUCCAAGAGGAAAAAGUCGGAGAAGAAAGUCACCAGGAUGGUCUCCAUCGUAGUAGCGGUCUUCAUCUUCUGCUGGCUUCCCUUCUACAUCUUUAACGUCUCCUCCGUCUCCAUCCGUAUCGUACCUACGCCCGUCCUCAAGGGGAUGUUUGACUUCGUUGUGGUCCUCAGCUAUGCCAACAGCUGUGCCAACCCCAUCCUCUACGCCUUUUUGUCCGACAACUUCAAGAAGAGCUUUCAGAACGUCCUCUGCCUGGUGAAGGUCAGUGGCAUCGAUGAUGCAGACAGGAGCGACAGUAAGCAAGACAAAUCCAGGCUAAACGAGACCACAGAAACUCAAAGGACCCUACUCAAUGGGGACCUUCAGACAAGCAUCUGAAAGGAUGCCAGGAGUGCCCGUCUCCUCUGUCGUCUUUCCUCCCUCCCCCCCUUUAUAUGGCAGUGGCGCAUAGCAAGUCAGGUCCAGAGUAUUUGGUCUUCGUUUGCUUAGUGGACGGUGAUGUGGAGGGCGGGGGGGGCUGUGCCAAAAGUAGCCACUCUGCACGAGGCAGGCGGGGUUGUUAAUCUCCAGAAAGAUGCCUCUUAAAUGCAACUUUGUGCAUGGAAAACCAGACACGCCCACUCGUGCCGGGUUAAACCUCCAGUCCUGGGCCAAAUGCAUUCCUGUGGCAACUGCCCGCAUUGCCCCGGUGCGUUGCCCUCAGAGACGUGUUAGGACAUAACGGAGCAUGUUCACACAUCUCUAGCCACACCCAUGGAAGGUGGCAGAUCCUGCCUUGUGCACUAGCGGGGCAAGUGUGCCACAGGGCAGCCCGGGGAGGCAUUGCUGCUCGAUUUGGUCGCACAUCCCGGCGUGCCCCUCGCAGCAUAGACCAGAGGUCUUUAGACAGACCUGUUCAUGUCCGUGUCUGAGCAAAGCAGGAGACUCAGCGGGUAAGCUGAAAACGGGAGCAAGCGGACCUAAGAAUCAGACAGUAAGACAUGGAGAAUAUUUAAUUCUGUUACCCAAUCAGUAAAGGUUUCAUUUGUUAAGAACGCCUCUCCUGAAGCUCCCCUACUUUCCGGAGACUGUUCCCGCCUUUAUUUACAAGUUGCAUCGCCUGCUGCUGGAAAAGCAGCAGAACAGGAUGAAAGAGAUGCCAUCUGAUGGCAAACAGCCCAGCCCCAGUACAGCCUGUGAAGAUGGAUAGAGCUGACUUAGAUUUGCACAGGUCUCCUAAGAGAUUUGGCACCCAGCUCCAGGCAGCCUGGAAUAAUCUGUUUGUUUACACACUGGUGCCGUCAGAUGCAUACUGGUGGGAUCUAGAUGAGCAGUUACGUUUGUCGUGCACCUGUGAUCAGCUGACCUGGACUCUGCCCACCAGUCGGCCCCUCUUUCCAGGGCUAUGUCUCACCUCCCAGACCUUCCCUUUAGAUUAACUUGCCACAAAAAAAA